GUGUGUGUUUGUGACAGUCAAAGUUUGUGACUGUGUGUGUGUGUGUGUGUGUGUGACUGGAGCCAUGGAUGAGAGUGUGUAUCAGUCUCUCUCCCGACCCCGACCUGGUAUGGAGCUCUGCUAUUCCAGCUCCUCUGAGGAAGAUGAGGGGACAGACCUUCGUCACAAGCAUUACAGAGACACACACUCGCGCACACACACCGACUACGAACCUGACCGCCGAUUCACCUACAACAGCCACAAAGUGCGCAGAAAACCCAGUGAACAAACUCAGAAAGAAUCAUCUCCAAAGGUUUUUCCAGACUUCCAAACAGAACUCCAUGCAGCCAAUCAGGAGCUAGCGUACCCUGGAGAUCCUUGUAUGGGUAUGGCCUCGGACCCAGAGUCAGAGGGCGGGGCUUCCCCUGACCACGCCUUGCGUCUCUGGAUGCAGGAAGUGAAGUCAGAGCAUAGUUCUCAUGUGUCGAGCAGAGCAAACUCAGUCCUGUCUCUGACAGACACUGAGCAGGAGGGACGAGAGGACCAGGAAAACGACAACGAUCUAGCUUCAAGCCCCAUUGGUCGGUUUGCGUUCAGGCCCCUCCCCCCCCCGCCCCCUCCCCCUCACGCGUGUACGUGUGUGCGGCCCGUCUCCUCCAUCGUCCCUGAGCUCGUCCAGAGGAACACGCUGCCGUCCCACAGCCCCCAGACUGACCCCACCUCCAAGACCGCCCCAGACGCCACUGACCCCGCCCAGAACACCUGGACCCUCAACAGAAACAUACCCCUAGAGACCAGGCACUUCCUGUUCAAGCAUGGCUCUGGUUCAUCAACGCUGUUCAGUGCUACCAAUCAGAACUACCCGCUGACAUCCAGUACGGUGUAUUCCCCGCCCCCGAGGCCCUUACCCAGAACCCCCCUGUCGCGGCCUCUGUUCUCCUUCAGUAAGCCGCACCGCUGUUGUAACUGGCGGUGCGCAGCUCUCAGUGCUAGCGCCAUCACGCUAACACUCGCACUCCUGCUAACCUACAUCAUCGUGGUGCAUUUACUGGGGUUGCCAUGGCAUCUGAAGAGACAUGAAGGAGAAGUUUUUGAGAACGGACUCAGCAAAACGGAGCAGCCAGCCGAGGGACCUGACUUCACCUCACCACCCUACGACCUUCCCGGACCCAACACCACCCAUCGCGAUAAGGAGCAGGUGCAGCGUGGGCGGGGCAUUGACCGGGGCGAAGUGGCCAUUGGUGCUCUGCUGGUACAGGUCAUUCCUCCAGGGCUGUUCUGCAGGUUCAGCGUUUCUGUCCAGCACCCUGAACACAUUCAGUUCAAUGUCUCCCUCACCCGCGAUGCUCUGAUUGGGAUCUAUGGCAGGAGAAACCUACCACCCACACACACGCAGUUUGACUUUGUGAAACUGCUGGAUGGUAAACACCUACUGAAGCAGGAAUCCCGGAGCGCAAGCAUUCCGAGGCCUUCCACGGGGAAUGUCGUACUGAGCAUGCUCCAGGACACGGUGUUUAUGGAAUACCUGGAUGCUGGAACAUGGCACCUGGCCAUCUACAAUGACGGACGCAGAAUGGAGCAGGUGUUAGUGCACAGCACAGCUAUAGAAAUGACAGACGGUUGCUCCACUCACUGUAAUGGGAACGGAGAGUGUGUGGCAGGUCACUGUCACUGUUUCACCGGCUUCCUUGGACCAGACUGUUCUAAAGAUUCCUGCCCUGUUCUGUGCAGUGGGCAUGGCGAGUAUGAGAAGGGUGUGUGUGUGUGUCACACGGGCUGGAAAGGGGUGGAGUGUGAGGUGGAGGAAGGGCAGUGUAUCGACCCCACCUGCUCCAAUAACGGAGAGUGUGUUGACGGGACCUGUGUGUGCGCACACGCAUUCAAAGGCAACAACUGCGAGGAAGUGGACUGUGUGGACCCAUCCUGUUCAGGCCGGGGUGUGUGUGUGCGUGGAGAGUGUGUGUGUUCUGCAGGGUGGGAUGGAGAGGCGUGUGAGACUCCUCUCCCUGCAUGUAAAGAACAGUGCUCCAGACAUGGAACGUACCAGCCCGAGACUGGAGUGUGUGUGUGUGUGGACGGGUGGACAGGAAACGACUGCUCCACAGAAGUGUGUCCAGUGCUGUGUAGUGCACACAGUACAUGUGUCAGUGGGCAGUGCCAGUGUGAGGAUGGAUGGGAGGGGCCUACCUGUGACAGACAGUCUUGCCAUCCAAUCUGUGAAGAGCAUGGAGAGUGUAAGGAUGGGCAGUGUGUGUGUCAUCCUGGCUGGGAAGGAGAACACUGCACUAUAGCACAUUACAUGGAUUUGAUUGAUAAAGAUGCAUGUCCAGGUCUCUGUAAUGGUCACGGCCGCUGUACUCUUGAGCAGAGUGGAUGGCACUGUAUCUGCCAGGCCGGCUGGAGUGGCACUGGAUGUAAUAUUGUCAUGGAAACGCAGUGCAACGACAGUGGAGAUAACGAUGGAGAUGGUCUGGUGGACUGUGUUGAUCCAGACUGCUGUAGUCAGCAGGUGUGUGUAAACUCUCCACUGUGUCAGGGGUCACCUGACCCCCGUGACAUCAUCCAGCAGAGCCACACCCCCUUUGGGCCACGCCCAUCUCAUCAGUUCUUUGAUCGUGUGCGAUUCCUCAUUGGGAGCACACACACGCUGCCAGGAGACCUACCGUAUGACAGAAGUCGUGUGUGCGUAAUUAGAGGUCAGGUGUUUGCAUCUGAUGGGACUCCGCUAGUCGGAGUGAACAUCACGUUUCAGCACAACCCAGAAUAUGGAUACACUCUAAGCCGUCAGGACGGGAGCUUUGACCUCCUAGCAGAGGGGGGCAUGGCUGUUACCCUGCUGUUCCAGCGAGCUCCCUUCCUCCCCCAGACUCAUUCCGUUUGGUUGCCAUGGAAUCAGUUUGUGGUGGUUGGUCAUGUGCAGAUGAUGCAGUCUGAGUCCAAGCCCUUUGUCUGUGAGCAGAGGAACAUGAUUGGCCCACACCCCAUCGUUCUCCCCGCCCCUCUCACACGAUUCGCUGGAAACUGUGAAGAAAGAGGACCUGUCAUACCUGAGCUACAGGCUGUUCAGGAAGUGAUUGAGAUCCCAGGAUGCUUUGGGAAGCUGAGUUAUUUGUCAACGCGUGCGCCUGGUUACCGCUCCCUGCUGCGUGUGAUGCUCACUCCUGCAGUGCCUCCUGUAGGUCUGGCACGUGUGCACCUGGCUGUGAGUGUGGAGGGGUCACUCUUCACCCGCUGGUUCCCCGCCACACCUGACCUCACCUACGUGUACUCCUGGAACAAGACCGACGCUUACGGACAGCAGGUCACAGGAUUAGUGCACGCACAGGUCUCUGUGGGAUAUGAGUAUGAGACGUGCCCAGAUUACAUCAUCUGGGAGAAGCGUGUAGUGCAGCUGCAGAGUUUGGAAAUGAUCUCCUCUCACCUGGGCGGGUGGGCUCUCGACAAACACCACACACUCGACCUGGAGAGCGGAAUUCUUUACAAAGGAGAUGGGGAGAAUGUCUUUAUUUCCCAGCAGCCCUCACUCAUCUCCACGGUGAUGGGUACCGGGGCGGUGCGUCCGAUUCCAUGUCCCGGCUGCGACGGCCCUGCGGUCGAUCAGAAGCUCUUUGCGCCCGUGGCGCUGGCUUGCGGCUCAGACGGCAGCGUUUACGUGGGAGAUUUUAACUUCAUCAGGAGAGUUCUACCCAGCGGCUUUGCUCUCAGCAUUCUGGAGCUGCGGAAUCGAGAUAUCAGGCACAGUACCAGCCCAGCCCAUAAGUACUACCUGGCAGUGGACCCUGUGCGGGAGGUUGUGUAUGUGUCAGACACCAGCAGUCGGAGGGUGUUGAGGUUGAAGGUGCUGACGGAGCCGCGUGACGUGAGCCGCAACGCGGAGGUGGUGGCAGGCAGCGGGGAGCAGUGCACCCCCUUCAACCCCAAGCAGUGCGGGGACGGAGGCAAAGCCACGGACGCUUCCCUCAUCAACCCCAGGGGCAUCACUGUGGAUAAGUAUGGCUCCAUCUACUUUGUGGAUGGAACAACGAUUCGGAAGAUUGAGAAGGGAAUCAUCACCACGGUGAUGGGAUCAAACGGACUCACAGCCACACAGCCAAUCAGCUGUGACAUGAAUAUGGACAUCAGUCAGGUGCGUCUGGAGUGGCCCACUGACCUGGUAGUGAGUCCAUUGGACAACUCCCUCUACGUGCUCGACAACAACCUCGUGCUGCAAAUCACCCAGGCCGGGAUGGUCCGUGUCAUUGCCGGGCGACCACUACACUGCCCAGUCAUCGCCAUGGAGAUGCUGUCCACAGGCCCAUCGCCCAUGCAAGCAGUGCUGGAGGGCGCUAAAGCUAUUGCCAUCAGCCACCAGGGGGUGCUGUACAUCGCUCAAACAGACGACAGGAAGCUCAGUCGUAUCCAGGAAGUGAACACCAACGGCGACAUGUCCAUCAUCGCGGGGGCAGACAGUGAGUGUGAUUGCAAGAUUGAUCCCGACUGCGACUGUUUCUCGGGAGACGGGGGUUAUGCUCGCGAUGCCAAGUUAAAGUCUCCAUCCGCGCUAGCUGUGUCCCCCAGCGGGGUGCUGUACAUCGCAGACCUGGGGAACGUGCGCGUGCGCGCGCUGACGUCCGCUCGUCCGCGGCUAAACGUCGAGCGCCUCUACGAGGUCACGUCCAUCGUGCAGCGGGAGGUCUACCUGUUUGGGGCUAACGGCACGCACCUGCACACGCGCGGCCUGGUCACAGGGGAUUACCUCUACAAUUUCACCUACACGGGGGCGGGGCACCUUGCCACGGUAACCGCCGGUGAGGGAGGUGUGCUACAGGUGAGGAGGGACUCCACUGGCAUUCCGCUCUGGCUGGUCACACCUGCUGGACAGGUGUACUGGCUGACCAUUAGCAACACAGGAAUGCUCAAGAGAGUCUCUGCCCUCGCGCAUGACCUCGCCCAGCUCAGUUACUACGGCAACACGGGACUGUUGGCUACCAUGAGCAACGAGAACGCCUGGACCACCGUAUAUGAGUAUAAUGUUGAUGGUUACCUGAUCAAUGUGACCUUUCCAACCGGAGAGGUCAGUAGUUUCCACGGUGACAUGGAGAAAUCAGUCAGGGUGGAGGCUACCACAUCAAACAGAGAACAUUUUAUCGCAACUACCAACCACUCCGAUGACACCACUGUGUACACACUGCGACAAGCUCACUCUGUCAGUGUGUAUCGUGUGCGUGGAGAUGGCUCUCUCUGGGUCACCUACUCCACUGGGGUGGACAUCACUCUGCGUACUGAGCCCCAUAUGGUGGCAGGGCUGUUGCCGGGGACGUCACCAGGGGCAGUCCACCCCACGGUCGGCAGGUGUAACAUCACGUUGCCAGGGGAACAGAGCCACAGUCUCAUCGAGUGGAGGCAGAGGAGGGAGCAAGCCAAAGGGAACUACACCACAUAUGAACGCAGACUACGGGCCCACAGUAGGAAUGUUCUGUCUAUAGACUACAGCCAGGCGUCGCGGGUGGGGAAGAUUUAUGAUGACCACCGUAAGUUCACGUUGCGUGUGCAGUAUGAUGAGCGUGGCCGCCCCACCCUCUGGGCCCCCAGCAGGUACAGCGAGGUCAGAGUCAGCUACACCCCCGACGGCCUCAUCGCCUCCAUCCAGAGAGGCAACUGGAGUGAACGCAGGGAAUAUGACAACGGAAGACUCUCCACCCGCACCUGGGCCAGUGGCAAGACCUGGAGCUACACCUUUCUGGAGAAGUCCGUUCAGCUAUUACUACACAGUCAAAGACGUUACACGUUCGAGUUUGACCAGACGGACUACCUCAUGUCUGUCACACUGCCCAGCAUGGUGAAACACGCCCUCCAGACAUCCCUGUCUAUUGGCUACUACCGCAACACGUACACGCCCCCGGAUGCCCCAGGCCAUGCUCUGGUGCAGGACUAUGCCCAUGACGGCCGUCUCCUGCAGACCCUGUGGCUCGGCACGGGGCGGAGGGUGGUUUACCGCUACAGCAGACUGGCGCGCCUGACGGAGGUCCUCUACGACUCCACCCUCAUCAGCUUCACCUACGACGACUCCUCUGGAGCCCUGAAGACCGUACACCUCAUGCAGGAGGGGUUCGUGUGCACCAUCCGUUACAGACAGACAGGUCCUCUAGUGGGACGGCAGAUCUAUCGUUUCAGUGAGGAGGGUUUGGUCAACGCGCGCUUCGACUACAGCUACAACAACUUCCGGGUCACCAGCAUGCAGGCGAUGAUUAAUGAGACCCCGCUGCCCAUUGACCUGUACCGCUACGUGGACGUGUCGGGGCGAAUCGAGCAGUUCGGCAAAUUCAGUGUCAUCAGCUAUGACCUCAACCAGGUCAUCACUACCCACACCAUGAAGCACACCAAGAUCUCCAACGCCAACGGCCAGCUGGUGGAGGUUCAGUACGAGAUCCUGAAGGCCAUCGCCUUCUGGAUGACGCUGCAGUACGACAGCCUGGGCCGUGUGACGUCGUGCGAGGUGCGCGUGGGCGUGGAAGGCAACGUGACGCGCCGCUCGUACGAGUACGACGCAGACGGGCAGCUGCAGGCGGCCGCGGUGGACGAGCGACCGCAGUGGCGCUACAGCUACGACCUGAACGGCAACAUCAACCUGCUGAGCACGGGGGCCAGUGCCAGACUCACGCCACUGCGCUACGACCUCCGUGACCGCAUCACGCGCCUGGGCGAGCUGCAGUAUCGCACGGACCAGGAUGGCUUCCUGCGCAGCCGCGGGACUCUGCUGUUCCUUUACACGUCCCGCGGGCUCCUGGCGGAGGCACUAGAGCGCGAGAGCGGCCAGCGAGUGUGGUACGGCUACGACGGCCUGGGCCGGCGCGUGUCCAGCCGCGGGAGCGAUGGCACGCGCCUGCAGUUCUUCUACGCUGACCUCGCACACCCCACGCGCGUCACACACCUCUACAACCACACGGGCGCCCACAUCACCUCGCUGUACUACGACCUGCAGGGCCACCUCAUCGCCAUGGAGAGGAGCGGUGGCGAGGAGUUCUACGUGGCGUGCGACGUCAGCGGGACUCCGCUGGCUGUCUUCAGCAGCCGCGGACACGUGGUGAAGGAACUGCGAUACACUCCGUAUGGCGACGUGUACCAGGACUCCAACCCCACAUUCUCCCUCCCCUUCGGCUUCCAGGGCGGCCUGUACGACCCCCUCACCCGCCUGGUGCACCUCGGUCGCCGUGACUACGACGUGGUUGCUGGGAGAUGGACCACGCCCAAUCACGAGCUGUGGGCGGAGACGAGUGUGGAACCCAAGCCGUUCAACCUGUACACCUUCAAGAAUAACUACCCACUAGGUUCCCUACAGGACGACACCACCUUCACCACAGACAUCAGCAGCUGGCUGAAGUUGUUUGGUUUCCAGCUCCAUAACGUGGUUCCAGGUUUCCCCAAACUGUCAGAGGAGAACACAGAGCAGACGUAUGAGAUGAUGAACGUGCACACACACACUCAGAGCUGGGACCCCAGCAAGGUUGUUCUCGGUAUUCAGUGUGAACUUCAGAGGCACUUACAAAACUUCAUAUCAUUGGACCGCCUCCCCAUGAGUCCAGCCAAUAAGAAGCUGGGAGGCAGGCAGGGGCGGAGACCCAGAUUCUCCGCCCUCUCUUCCAUCUUUGGAAAAGGUGUGAAGUUUGCUAUCCAAAAUGGCGUGGUUGCCACGGAGAUAAUCGGCGUGGCGAGCGAGGACAGCCGUCGAACGGCAGCCGUGCUACAUGGCACCGUCUACCUACGCGGCCUCCACUUUACCAUAGAUGGCCGCGACACACACUACUUCACGAAGGCUGGCCCCCUCGAGGCGGACCUGGGCGUGGUCGGAGGAGGUGCCGGGGGUGGAGUCAGAGUCCUGGAGAACGGCGUGAACGUGUCAGUAUCCCAGAUGAGCGCUGUGAUUGGAGGGGAGACCAGGCGAUUUGCUGAAAUGGUUCUCCAACAGGGGGCGCUGUGCCUCAACAUCCGAUACGGAACGACUCCGGACGAGGAGCGCACACGCGUGCUGGAGUCAGCGCGGCUGAGGGCCGUGCAGGGGGCCUGGCUGUGGGAGCAGAGGCGGGUCCAAGCGGGGGAGGGCGGGAGCAGACCAUGGACUGAUCAGGAGAAGGAGGAGCUUCUGUCAGAGGGGCGUGUCUCAGGUUACGAGGGCUUUUAUGUGUUACCAGUGGAACAGCACGCAGAACUGGCAGACAGCCCCUUUAACAUACAUCUCAUUAAACAAACAGACACCACGCAGAGGUAACAGUGCCACGUGACACACACACACACACACACACACUAGACAUGCGCCCACAUAGUAUCACAACCUUUUUCUAGAAAAGAUUUGUCUUUGACAUGUGACAGGAUGGCGUGGUUUUAUUUAAGUUUUUAAGGAUGUGCUCUAUUUACAGAUGUUCUGUUUCUUCCUUUUGUAAAAGGUUCUGUGUUAAUUGAAAUACUAUUGUGCUUUAGACAUUUUUAUCUACAAACGGCCUCCUGCUUCAAGUAUAAGGUCUCUGCGUCAUUUUUCUCUGUGACGAGACAGCCUGUUGCUUUGCUGGUGUCCUGCGGUGUUAGUGUUAUUACGGAGUGUUCAGUGAGAACAACACAGCACCUCCCAGCUAACACAGGAACUCUCACCUCUCUCUCGUGGUGCUGAGCAUAUCACAACACUCCAAACAUGAACCUGUACUCUCCAAAGUCCUCAUUUACGAUUCUCGCUUGGAUUAAAACUGCCUUCUGGAAUUCUGGCUCAUCCAUUUAAGUGUCAUUGUGGAUUGAAGCAGUCACAUUGCCUGGUGUUCUGUUUAAGCUUUGGUGUGCAUGGCUAGUGCCGAGCUGACUGGCACAUGGAUGUAUAUAGAGCUUCAGCCAGUAGGUAACCUGUGACGCGCUGCUACACUCUGUCCAAAUACAGCGCAGACGUCGAACCGACGUCAGCUUCCACACGGUCUCGUUCCUAAAGAGGGUGGAGCAGGGUCAGAACCACAGCUGUGCUGUCCUGCGUCUCUGGAUAAGGUCAGCCUGGACAGAACCCGCACAGCUGUGCUGUCCUGCGUCUCUGGAUAAGGUCAGCCUGGACAGAACCCGCACAGCUGUGCUGUCCUGCGUCUCUGGAUAAGGUCAGCCUGGACAGAACCCGCACAGCUGUGCUGUCCUGCGUCUCUGUAUAAGGUCAGCCUGGACAGAACCCGCACAGCUGUGCUGUCUUGCGUCUCUGGACAGAACUCCCAGCAUUGACACACUCUUAAGAAGGUUCAGUGGGGAGGUGUUUUAAUAAAAUCAUGUACAGUGUACUUUUUUAACAUGUAGAAAGAAGAAGUGUUAUCUAUGUGGAACUUGUGCCUUUCUGCUCUAAUGGAAAACAACAGCAAGACUGGGGUUCUCACACACACACACACACACACACACAAAUGCAAUGAAUGUUUCAGUAUUAUUACCAGUAUGUUUUUGUAUGUUGUAUGAACAUUCUAUAAGAAGCAGUCUAAAUGGCACACACACAGUGGUCUAAAUGACCAUGGCGGAGGUAGAGAGGACCUCCGCACACACACACACACACACACACACGGUUUGGUUGUGUUUGGUUUUUUUCUCAUGUUGAAUUUGCUGUCUUUCUUUUUCAAUCCAGCGUAGUCGUUAGUGGCUCAUGGCUGCGUGAGGCUUACCCGUGUGCAUGCCACGUGUUUCUCUUAACAAACCUGAAGACCUUUGCAUUCAGAGUGUUUACACCACAUUUCUUCACAGUCUUUUCAGCCUUGCAGCGCUCUGGGUGUUCCUGGCACACAGUGACCCAGAGGUCAAAGGUCGGUGAUAACCAGAGAGCCUUGAAGUAUUAAAAACACACUUCUGUGGUAUUUCUGAAAGUAGAUACAGCUAAAUAAAACUCACUGUAAAAUUUCAGCUCACAGGGUACUGGCUGUCUCACAAGUGCUGGAAUAUCAGUAUGGAGAACUGAAUUAUUUAAGUAAUAUGUCGGUUGUUUAUAAACUGUUAUUUUAGCCAUACAUAUUGUUGCUGUUAAUAUGAACACAGGUGAAAGGUGAAAGGUCAACUGGUAAACAAUAAUUUAAGGCUUUUAACUUUGUUUUUAUUUUGUUAUUUGUCCCCCAUGAUGAGGUACAAAUGAAAGACUUGGAAGGUUUUAACACAUGCAACCAAACAGACUAUGAACUAUAGUAUAAAUUAACUAUAGUAUAAAUGAACUAUAGUAUAAAUUGGAAAUUACUAAAAAGCCUUUAUCUUCUUACAUCUACGUGACUGUAUGUUCCAGUGUUCAUGUCUGGCUUCUGAAAGCUUUUCAGUGACCAUAUGCGAGUGUUGAUGGUACAAGAGUUGAUUGAACAGCUGAAAUAAAGACAAGGGACUUUGGUCAUUGAGAAUUUUGAUAAAUAAAGUUGUAAA